GAAUAAUUAUAAAAAUGUUUGCAAGAGGAUUCCUCAGAAGCCAAAAGGCUUCCAGCUCUUGGACAACUCUAACUGCCUCUCUGAGACAGCUUAGCAGUAAGCCUACAGUCCAUAGGCUUCGACCAGGCCAGUAUAAACUACCUAAACUCAAGCCAAAGCUAGAGUUUACUGGGAAAUAUACUUAUGGAUUUAAAGGUAAUUGGAUCAGCACUGUCAACUUAGAAUAUACGAAGCAGUUAGAAAAUGGAGCACAGGAGUUCGAGGCUGUCUCUCGACCCUUCUUUAUCGACAAAAACUCCAAGAAGUAUAAGGUGAAGCACCUCGAUGAGGUUUAUGGGGGAGUAGAUGUAAUAGCUGUCUCAGAAUGCCCAAAAUCAAAUCAAAAAAUUGUUCUUUUAGAAGUAAUUUAUCGAAUCCCAACUCAAAGAUAUGUAAUAUCCUUCCCAGCUGGAUUCCAAGACAGUCUAGAUGAACCGUCAACAGAGACUGCAUUGAGAGAGCUCAAGGAAGAAACUGGAUAUGUAGGCCAUAACCCAAGAGAAGCCUACAGACACUGGACUGAUCCAUGGAAAAGCUGAGACAGAUGUGCUCUUGUCUAUGUAGAUAUUGACCUAUCCUCUGAAGAAAAUCUUAAUGUUGAUCAGAAGCCAGAUUAUUUUGAAGACAUAACCCCAUUCUGGGUACCAGUCAAAGAUCUUAAGAACACGCUUAUUAAUAUUAGCAAAGAAAAUAAUUUUGAUAUUGAUGGAAGAGUUCAUACCUGGGCAGAAGGAAUUGAAUUCGCUUCAAAGUUAUAA